CGUUCAUUGCGCCUUCCACUCCAAUGCAUCCCGCGAUCUAUUUGUCCCAAGCGCUUGUCCUGUUGCUGCUUGUAGUCCACAUCACUGCUCAACUGUUCCGCCUCACCACAUCCAAUCCUCAGGUGUUACAAGACACUGUGACAAUAUUCACGUGUUCCGCACCAUUUAGAAGCAACCCAGAUUUCCAGUGGUUCGUAGACGACGUACUGAUCCAACAGCGAAAUUCUAGUCAUCCAUCGGUCCGCGUAAGCGUUCGACGAACUGAACGGGACAUCGACUCUGAGGUGCUCGCCUUCAGCCAGUUAGAGAUCCACGGCCAACGGCUUCGAGGCGGAGUUGUUCGCUGCUUGGUGUGGAUGGGCGAGUCCGUGGUUACAAUGUCCACGCCCUAUGUAGUGACCGGACAUUAUAGCACUUUGCACCUAUCGUUCAACUCUUCGUGCGACAAAGAUAACCUCUGCGUGGACGGCAACACAACCUGUUACCUGAGCUUGGACACUCAAGAAUCAAAGUGCAGAUGUCGCAGAGGCUACCGCUAUUAUUCGUCACCACGCGCACAGUGCAAGGUGUACUACAGCGACAUUGGUUCGCCUUGCUACAGAGACGCAGAGUGCAUCGAGCACGACGUCAAUUCGCAUUGCCUAUAUGGUCGAUGCGCCUGCAGAGAAGGGUACAGCAGCAGUUUUCGGAUCAACAGCUGCGUCGAAGUUGUGAAUCUUACCAGGCCAUGCAAUGACCGAACUAUUUGCGCCGUUCCUCAUGCCUACUGCAGCAACGGAACGUGUAGAUGUUUUCCAGGUCACGAGUACGAUGGCAGCCGCUGCAACCUCGUGGUCAAAGUGUCGGGCGGUGGCUUCCGCCUACUGGUGUUUGUGACUUUCAUGGCCAUGGUGGUAGUGUGCAUCGUAUUUGUCACCGCGAUGAUCCUGUUCAACCUAAGGAGCCAAUUUGUGUCCAUACCACUAACACCCAUUCGAAAUACACGAAGGGUAUCCGGAAGAAUUUGAUGUACCUUGUACAUACACUGUACCCUUUAUGAAUAAACGAGGAUGAUCUU